ACUACAUGCUCAGUAAAUUUCUGGUUUUUGGUUCUGUGCUCAGCUAAACAGUGAAGGCCAUGUGAAUGCUCCUAUCACUUCUGACAGGAUGCCUCGUCUUUGGGGCUAAGUGUGUGAUCAAGGCUACGUUGUUGUUUGUGCGCAGGUUCCCAUCACUGGUACCCAAAAGACUAUAGGAUAUGCAUAGGUCUUGUGGUAGUCGUGGCGAGCGAGAAGAAUCAUGAGAAGUACAAGAUUGGCUGAUUGAAGAGAAAGAGGCUGUUGAAUAAUUGGAUGGACUAAAUGAGAUAAUUGCGUUGAACUUAACCAGUCUGUCUUCAAAGGUGACGCCGAACGAUUACUGGUGAAAAGCGCAUGGUGAAACGUGGCGACUCGGAGUUGCAUCUAUGAAAUGUAUCUUGGUCCAGUGUCUCGUCUUAUCUACUUCUACGAGGCUUCUGAACCGAGAAGAGGAUCUUAAUAUGGAAAAUACUAAAGCAACAGAGAGAUUCUCAGAUAAAAUUUGUUUUUUGCUAUUGGACAGCGAUGCGACAUGGCUGGCGAAUCUGUCAGAGAUGAUUCGCAAAUCCGGAUAUGAAGUUGUGGCUACUACAAGAGCUGAUGAUUUGCCGCUUUUCAUCAAUAACAAAGAUAAAAAGAUUGAUCUUGUACUGGCAGAGCUCCGCUUGAUUGAGAUAAAUAAGUACGAACUUCUUGAUAAAAUCAGGUUGAUUUGUGAGAUUCCGGUUGUUGUUUUGGGUGCAUGUGUGAAAGACGAUUCCAUUGUAGAAUGUCGGCGCAGAGGUGCCGAAUUACGUCUGGCGAAGCCGCUCGUGGAACACUGCUUAGAAAUUCUGUGCCAGUUUACAGUCAGGAGACUUGAUGAUGAGCUUAAGAAAAGUAACAAGAACAAUGAAGCUAUAACAAAGAAGCCAGAACUGGGAUGUCCAGAAAUGCAGAAUGAGUUCAGAGAAACAGAUGAUGAACUUAACCAAGGUAAAUACAGAAAGAAAAGAGCCGAUAGAGACACUGGAGAACAGACAGAAAAGGAUUGUUGCGUUGAUUUAGGACAACAGAAGAAGGUAAAGCUCAUUUGCGCAGAUGACUUACAAAAGAAAACUUUACAAGCUGUCCCAAAUAUAGAGAUAAAGAAAAUUGGAGAAGGUAGUGAGAAAAAGAAGCCAGAACCGGUUUGUAUGGAGGAAGAACUAGAAACGUUGUCCACUCAACCUGUUACCGAUUCUGUUGCUUAUGGGGAAUAUGAAUUCCAAGAGCGAGAUUUUCAUCCUUUGGAGAGCGUUGAGGAGUCUCAGGGGCCUCAUGAAAUCACAUUGAGUCCGCGGGAGUCCUCAAACAAGAAUGUUGCUGUUCAGCUACAAGUGCAGGCACAUGAAGCGUUAGAUGAAGAACUGAUGCAGGAUGGAAUCAGCCUCUCUGACCUCGAAUUGGAUCUGGAGGAGGGACAGGGUUCAGAUCAGGAGCAAACCUUAAGUUAUGAAGAUCCGCAUUGCUCUGCGGCUGUCUCGUGAACAAUGCUUAUGAGAUAUUCGUUUGUGAUUUAUAGUAAGUGUGGUUUCUUGAAAAUUCCAAUAAACUCCUAUGGUUGCUAGAUGUUCAAAACAUUGAUCGAGUCUCUGGAAUGACAAGUUAACGGCACAAACUAGAAACCUUUCUUC